AUGUUAUUUGAUCAAAAGAAAACAGAUGAAAUAAAGCUUAAUCCCAGAUAUUAAAAUCUUUUAAAAUGGGGAUUAGAUAAUGGUGUGAUUAUUAAAGAUGUUGAUCUACCAGCAGCCUUUGGAGAACUUACAGGUGUUGUUGCUACUAAGGAUAUUCCUGCAAAUACUGUAUUAUGAUAAUUUUAUAAAUUUAAGGCAAUCAUCUGUGUGCCUUAAACAUUGAUUAUAUCUUAAGAAAAAUGUAAAUAAAGUUCAUUAUCUAUUGUUUAUGAUAAGCAUCCUGAACUAUUUGAUGAAAAUGAGAUUUCUGAUGCUGAAUUUAAUAUCCUAAGUAACUAAUUUAAUUAAUUGAAUAGUUUUCUAUUUGUUCAAUGAAAAGAAAAAGGGUGAAUAAUCAUUUUAUCAUCCAUACAUAUAAGCUAUUUAAUCAAAUAACACUUUAAUUGAUUGGACAAAAGAAGAACUUAGAUACAUUGAAGAUCCUAUAAUACUAGAUGAAUUUGCUAUUGUAAGAGAUGAUUUAAAUGACUUAUGGAAUUAAGCAAAAGAUAUAUUUAAUGAAUUUAUUUCAAUCUUUGGAGAUAUACGUCCAACAGAUAAAUAAGAUUUUUAUUGGGCUGCUUAAAGUGUUAUGAGUAGAUGUUUUGGUUGGUCUUUGAAAUCUACAAGUAUGAUUCCUAUUGCUGAUUUUCUUAAUCAUUCUAAUAAGGCAUGUACUCAUUAUUUGGUUCAUUCUAAAAUUGAGAAACUAGAAUAAGAAAGACUUUAAGCUAAAAAGAAUAGAAGAAAUGAAUAGAAUUAUGAUAGUGAUCUUGAAAAUCUUGAAAAUAUGGAAGAUUCCUUUAUAAGAUUAUUGGAAGAAUAAUAUAAAUUUAAAGGAAAUAAAAUCAAUUUAAGUAUUCUUAAGAUACAAUAAGAUGAAUCUUAGAUAAAAUAAUAUGAAGAUUAAAAAUAGUCUUAUAUAUUAUAACAUUAACAUUAUUUAACUGAAAAUCAAUUAAAAGAUAUUGAUAAUUUGGAUAAUUUAUCAAAUGUAGAUAAAAGAGCUAUGAUUAAUUGGAUCAAUUAUGAACAAAUGAUUUAAAAUCCAGAUGUCAAUCUUUGGGAUUUAGGAUUCCUUACAUCUUCAGAUAGUGAAGAUAAUGAUUCUGAUGAAGAAGUAGAAAUAGCCAGAAAUAAGCAGUUUGAAUCUGUUAAAAUUAAAGAAUUAACUGAUUGGAAGAUGAAAUUUGAAGAAAAGAAAAAACAAAGAAAAGGAAAUAGUCUAUAAGAUAUUAAUAUAGAAUAAUAAAAAAUAGAAUUAAAUUAAGAAUCAAAUAAUGAAUAUAGCAAUGGAGAUUUAUAAAGCUAAAUAGAUAGUGAAAGCAUAUUGACAAUUUGUUUAAAUAAUGGUAUUUUAUUUGAAACCUAAUAUUAGAAAAGAAAAACUUAGUAACUAUAAAAGGUUUGCCUCCACAAUAGAUCUAAGCUAUGAAAUAGAGACAGUAAUAAAUGAUGGAGAAUAACAAAUAGAAACAAUAACUUUAAUCAUACAUCUAAGAAUAACAAUAAAUUUAGGAUGAAGAAAGUGAAAGUGAUAGUAGUGAAGAGUCUAAAUGGGAUUGGCUUGAAGAGAAUGAUAAAGAUGCAUAUUUUUGUAUUACAACUACAGAACCAAUAAAGAAAGGUGAAUAAGUUACAGUAUCUUAUGGAAGAAGAACUAAUAGAUUCUUACUUAGCUGGUAUGGAUUUACUUUAGCUGAAAAUAAAUACAGUUCUUUUAAUUUUAGAGUAAUAAGUUGAUUCUAAAAAAGUUAUGGUUGAAUACAGAAAUUAGUAAAGAAAAGAUGUAAAGUUAGAAAUAAAUAUUUGAUACAAUUACUAUAAAUAAAUUAAUUUGUUCAGAAGAAUGGGAUACAGGUACAAUAAAAUAUAAUGGAUAUGAAAUACCUAUUUCAUCAAUUACAAAAGAAUUCAGAAUUAAAAAAAACAAAUUGAAUAUGGAUUUACUUAUGUAUUUGAGGUUAUACCUUAUGCUUUAUCAAGUUUAAGAAAAGGAUGUAUUAAUUACUAUUCCAGUAUCAAUUGAUUAUGAAGUAUUUGUGAUGCAGUUUUGUAUAUAAUUAUUAUAGCAUUAUCUUAAUUCCUACUCUUAGGGAUUAGAUUAAGAUAUCAAAGAAUUAGAUACAUAAAUAUCAUUCUCAAGAAGAUUUGCUGUAUAUAAUAUUUUUAAUUAUAGAUCCAUAUAAAUAGAGAACGCAAAGAAAUUCUUAUAAAUUAGAUUAUGAUUCUAUUGGAAGCUAUAAUUAUAUUAAAAAAAUAUAAGGAAAACAAUGAUUUGAAACAAACAUACAUAUAAGAGAUUCAUAAUAAUGUUUAUUAAAAGAUGGAAAUUUUAAGAGGCUUAAAAGUAUAUCUCAAAUCAAUUAAUGAAUUUCUUUGAUAAUUAUAGGUUUAAUCAGUGAAUUUAUAUUAUUAUUUUUAUUCAUAUGUUUUUUACUUAGAAAAUAGUCAAGUUUGUUAUAUUACCUUACAAAAAUGGUACUAUUAUGAUUAAAAUCAUUAGCACUUCCAAUUAAAUUCAAUUUAUAAAUUGGAGCAAAUAUGGUUGGAAAUACACAAGAACAUGAAGUUUGUAUUAAUAAUAAAUAAAUUGUCAAUAAUCAUUGUUGUGUUGUUUUGAAUGAAGAUGAAAUAGAACUUAUUGUAUUAGAUGGUCCAGUCUUUUAUAAAAAUGCAGAUGGAGAAUUUGAAUAAUUGGCCAAGAAUUCUGUUCUUAGGUACAAUCAUUCGUUAAAUUAGUUUAAAUAUUGAAUCCGCGGAUUUUUUAAUACGAUUAGGUUAAACUAUAGAAGCUAAAGUUUAAGUGCUUGAUGUAACAUAGAAUCCUUCUCACACAAAAUAAUAACCAUAAAAAGAAAUAUUAAAAGAACCUUAAUAAGAAUCUAAACAAUUCAAUUUAUAAGAACGAUUAUCUACAAUAGAAGUUAAAGUAGUUGAAAGUUUAUAUACAUCACCUUAAAGUGAAUUGCAAUAUUUCAAAUCUAUUCAAGAAUAAGAAUAAAUUAAUAUUGAUUUAAAAUAAGAUGAAGAUAUUAAUUCAGUUUCAUUUAAUUAAUAAUAAGAAAAUAAUAAUAAACAAAAAGAAUAGAUUGAUAAAAUAGAAUAAAUAAAGAAAAAUGAAUCUAAUCAAAGAACAGAUUUAUUUUAAUUUAAUGAUUAUGAAUAAUAAACUGAAAUGUUAUCUCAUGGAACUCCUGAUUUUAAUAAAAAUUCAAAUGAUAAGAAAGGAAUUGUAAAUAAAACUAAAUAGAAAAAGAAAUAAUCUACUUUAGAUUAUUUAAUUAUGCCAUAACGAAAAGAUAGAGAAAGUUCUCCAAAAAAGAAAAGUCAUCAUAAAUUAAUGAAAGAAAUAAAAAAAGAAAGUAAUAGAAUGAGUUAAAGGAAGUGUAGUAGAUGGAAAUUUUAUAUAGCUUUUUCAGGAUUUCAUCCAAGUAGAGAAGAAUAAUAGUUUUUAUUAAUUUAAAAUAUUUAAAUAUGUUUAGAAGAUUAUACAUUUAAUAUGUUAAUAAUGGAAGAUAAUGUUUAAUUAAGAUCAAUAAAAUUAUUGAUAGCAUUAGCUAAAGGAAUCCCUAUAAUUUCUAGAGAUUGGUUAACUAGAUCAAUAAAUUAAUAUGAGAUACUUGAUCAUAAUUAAUAUUAAGUUAAAUUUUCUAAUGAAUUUUGUAAAGAAUAUAAUUUUGAUUUUAAGCAAUAUUAAAAAAGACUAUAAAAAUGGUAAGUAUUUAAUUUAAUACUUUAGUAAAGAAGCAAAAAUAUUACCUUUAGAAGGUGUGACAAUAUUUGUUCCAAAAAGAAUGAGUUAUCAUAUUGAACAUUUCGAAUUAGAAUUUUUGGUUGAAUCCUUAGGUGGUAAAUUUGUACAUUAAAUACAUGAUGAUGAUGGAAAAGCAUAAAUUUAUAUGUUAAUACCUAAAGAUCAAACAAAAAUUAUAGGAUAUGAUUAAUACUAAUAAAGUCCUAUUGAAUGUCUAUUCAAAAGUGCAUUAAAAUAUAAAAAUCUCCUUUGA